UUGUCAAAAGUUUUGGGGGCCCUCUUCGUCAGUAACUGCCAACGAUCGGAAACAAUCGAUUGGAACUUGUAAAAUUAUUUGUUAUACAAGCAAAGUUUUGCUAUUUCAAAAUCUUUGUGAAAUGGCCAACCGCAUGAGAGGAGGAGCCUGCUGUCCUUCAAGUUGCCAGCCAGCCUGUUCACCCUGUCCACCUUGUCCACCUGGACCGCCCUGUGAUGCACCCCUGGUGCGACUGAAAAAACUGUGGCCGGAGCCCUACAAUCCCUGCUCCUUCAAGAAUUGCCUGAUCUUUGGCGGUCACGAUGAGCCCUACAUUCGGCCCUUUGAUCCCAAGGAAUGUGCUCGAAUGCGGCGUGGUGAUAUCGACCGAUCGCUGGGUUAUCCCAUAGGCGUUGUGUCCGGUACGGUAACUGUAAAGGUGGGCAUUCCGAAUCAGGAGAGCGUCCGGUUUGCUUCAAAUCUGAAGGCAUUUGCUCACUCCUAUUACACGCGUCGCGAUGAAUGGAAACCGGAAACGAUCGACAUGGUGGUGGCCGAAGGGCAGGUUUUGUUUAACGAUUCAGAGAACAUGGACCCACCAAAUACAGCAGACAUGCCGGAUAUCUACGAUGAGAAUGAGCAAAAGGUGACGCGCCACUUCAAGAUCAACGAAAUUGAGUUUGCCAUGGAGUUGGAGGCGCCCUUUGAGAUUUACGGCUACGAGAACGUCAUACGCAAUCUUCGCAGAAUCUUAAGAGCCUUCUUCAAGAAGGCCAAGUACGGGGUGUUCUUCACCCCCAGUUGGUAUCUGCUUAUUUGGAAGGAGAAAGGUAUUUGGAUGGUACUCGAUUUAAAUGGCAGGGACAGAAGCACUAUGAAACCGAACAAUGAAGAGGGAUUUCCGUUACUCUUGGCACUCAAAUCCCUUGAUAAUGUCGUAUGGCUGAUCAAGAAGGAGAGCGAUCUGCAUAAGAAUGCCAAGUUUUCAAUUCGAGAAAUCAUCGUAGUUCGUUUGGCCACCCCUGGAAGUACUGGGCAGAGUUGGGAUCGAGAACAUGGUAUGCGGAUGAGCCAGUUCGAUGUGAUUGCCUCCGAUUAUGCCUAUGUCAAGUCCAAUCUCCAUCUUACCCUGAACUCUAAGGAUGCGUUGAGGAAUCGUAGUGCUCUACCUGUGGCCGUGGCAACCGCGUUGGCUUCCAAGAUCGAUCAUCCGGCCACGUGGGACCAGAAAAUGUACGACAAGGUCAUGUGCUAUGGCGUUAAUAUGUGCAAAAACUGCUGGGAACCCUGUGGGGAUCUUAGUAAGCCCAUGGAUCUUGACGACUUUCCACGACAGAUUCGCAUGGGUCAGUUUGUGGCCGAGAUUAUGCUUACUCCAAAUGUUUACGAGGGCUGGUGGAAGUGUGUGCCCAUGUACAAGUUCAACGAUUUCCAUCUGAUGUUGGAGAAGGCUCUCGAUCAGAACGAUUAUGUGAUCUUCCAGAUCAACAAUCAGAUGUACUCGCUGUGGAAGAAGACAGAUUUCAUCUACUUGAUGGAUCCAUAUCGCCACAAUAUAGUGGGUCGCAUUUUGGAGGAGGGCGAGGAUCCGAAAAGUGCCACGGUUCGCAUGUUCGGCAAUAUGGAUCGUCUGUUGAGCGUUUUCCAUCAGAUUCUACUGGAAUCGAAUCGAUCGGCUGUUUUCCAUAUACACACGCUCCGGAUAAGAAAUAUUACGGAAUGUCCGCCGGGCACAGCUCCUGCCCUACUACCGCCAGAUGAGGAUGUGGAGGUUAGAUCGCUCAACGAGAAUAUCCGUUUCGAUGAGAACUACGACAAGUGUUUGCAGGAGCUGGGUGAGAUCAGCGAUUUCGAGGAGGAUCUGGUCUCUGAGAUCGAGCCCAUUGUGGAGGUCAGUUCCUCGGAGGAGAUGGUCGAGGAGGAGGAAGGCGGUGGCGGUGGUGCUGUCGAGGGUGGCGAGGGAGAGGAAGAUGAUGAGGAUUAACCUGUGGCCAGUGGAUAUUUUCUUUACUGAACGAAGCAGCUCGAAAUUGGUUUAAUUUUUUAACGCCUCUAAAUUUGAAAUGGGUUACUGGAUUUGCUAUUUGAACAAUAAAUUGAAUUAUGUAAUACAGAAA